UGACGCUGGCAGCUCUUCCAUGCCCCGGGUAGCCCUGAAAUGGUUGGAUGGUACCUAAACCUACACCGUUACAAAUCACCUGCCCCAGUACAAUUUCUCUCAUGUUACCCUCAUAUAGGCGACGACAUGGCCUUCUCCGCAUGGUAUGUUUAGGUCAGUACUCCCACAGUAUGCUGCCUGGGGUCUGACCCAACAAUGAAUGAAACCCUACGUCAACGGUUGGUCACCUAUGAUUAUCUCCCAAAUAGACCCUGAAGUGUGCUUGCUUCGUCCGGAUUUCCUCUCAGCCUUCUUGUUUCCACGCAGUUUGUACUCUUUUUAUCGUACUAAACCUACUCAAAAUCCAUCAACAUGAAGGUCAUUAUCCGUGACAGCGCAGAUGGCGCCUCUAGCUAUGCCGCGAACCACAUCAUCCGUCGCAUCAACGCCUUUGCGCCAACAGCCGACCGUCCCUUCGUCCUUGGCCUUCCUACAGGGAGCAGCCCCGAAUUGAUAUACAGGUAUCUUGUCCAGGCAUACAAACAUGGAGAGGUGUCGUUCGCCAAUGUCGUAACCUUCAACAUGGACGAGUAUGUGGCCUUGGCUGAAGACCAUCCUGAAUCAUACCACAGCUUCAUGUACAAACAUUUCUUCGCCCACGUCGACAUCAAUCCUGCCAAUGUCAACCUUCUCAACGGAAAUGCCCCUGAUUUGGCUGCCGAGUGUGCUGCCUAUGAGCGCAAAAUCAAAGAGGCGGGUGGUAUUGAUCUAUUCCUUGGUGGCAUUGGACCUGAUGGCCACAUUGCGUUCAACGAGCCAGGCUCAUCACUGAAGUCGCGCACCAGAGUCAAGACACUAGCCGAAGACACCAUUCGAGCCAACUCACGAUUCUUCGGCGGUGACCUCAAUCAAGUCCCCAAACAAGCUUUGACGGUGGGAGUGCAGACGGUGAUGGAUGCGAGAGAAGUAAUUCUCAUUAUCCUUGGCGCCAACAAAGCCACGGCUCUACAGAAAACCAUUGAAGGAGGAGUCAGCCAGAUGUGGACGGCCAGUUGUCUUCAGAUGCACGAGUCAGCCGUCGUAGUAUGCGACGAUGCAGCAACGGAUGAAUUACAGGUCAAGACAGUCAAGUACUUCAAGAGCGUUGAACAAGUCUCACUACGACAAGAAAACGGCGAAACAACAGCAGCAGCAACCACACAGCAUGCGCAGAACCGACUCGACAACUGGCGAGGAGCCUUGAAACAACUCAAGAUCGAUACGGACAAGAAUGAACCAGUGGAUCAAGACGACGGAGAAUUGACACCCGACAGCAUGUCAUCGAGAUUGGUCGAUUCGGCGAUUGGUCUCAAUGACCGGAAGAUCGACGAUUUCAUCUUCGACCGCAUGGGAUCACGGGUGUCGACAUUUGCCGCAUGAACUGGCAUUGGACACAGAUCUUUCUUCUCUUUUCUACUUCCUUUCAUCCUGUUUGGAGCACGGCGUCCUGGAAAGCUAAAGACCAUGGCCUAAAUUGACUAUUCCAACACAAGCAUCUGAUGUCCCAUUCUUGACUCUUUGAAAUUGAAUACAAAACUAUACCGAGCCUACAACGGUAGGAAUACAACCAUGGAAUUUCCUAUUUGUUUACUACAUGUUUGUUCUCAUUACCAUCAUCGCAGUAUGCUACAGUUUCGAAGUGAUUGGUUCCGUGAAGACAGUGGGCACCUCGCCUCCCAUCUCAACCAAAGUGCUUUUAUUGCGGACCCAAGCCUCGAGACCUUUACGACCAUUUUCCACGCCCACGCCGCUCUGCUUCCAUCCACCGACAGCCAUUUCAGCAGGACUUUCACCCCAGGUGUUGACCCAAGUGAUGCCAGCUUGCAAUUGCUUGAUGACACGGUGGGCCUCAUUGAUAUCCUUUCCAAAGACACCGGCAGCGAGACCUAGCUCCGUGUUGUUGGCCCGUCGUACUGCUUCGUCGAGGUUCGUGUAGGUCAGAAUCGUCAUCACAGGGCCAAAGAUCUCUUCCUUGACGAUCUUCAUCUCAUCAGUACAGUCAGUGAAGACGGUUGGCGUCACCCAGAACCCAUUCUUCAAAUUCGAUGGAAGAUUUGACGGUUGACCUGGUCCUCCACACAGUAAUCGCGCCUUGUCCUUGUCGGUGCCGUGUCGGAUAUAGCUGACCACUUUCUCGUAAUGUAACUUACUGACUAGCGGACCAAAAUUGGUGUUUGGAUCAGCCAAGUCUCCUGCACGAAUA